CCGACGCCUGCCCCUACUACUGCACCCACGCCUGCCCCAACUUCUGAUCCUAAUACUGAUUGCCCUGGAUGUGGACAAGUCAACCGUGCCAACCGCAUUGUUGGUGGAGUAGAGACGGAGGUGAACGAAUAUCCCUGGAUGGUUUCUCUUGUCGACGGCAGUGGAUACUAUCACUUCUGUGGCGGUUCUAUCAUCUCCAGCCAAUGGGUCGUCACUGCAGCUCACUGUGCAGUAGGCAUGACCACCUCGGAUUAUGUGCUGGUGGGAGACCACAACCUGUACUCCGCAAGCGAAGCCAAUUCUCAGUGGAUGCAGAUUGCUGAAAUUGUGAAUCAUCCGUCCUAUGAUUCCAACACACUGGACAACGACAUUGCCCUCAUCAGACUCAAGACAGAGAUCCAGUUCCCAUCUGACAACAAAAUCGCCUGUCUGCCUUCCAACUGCUGGUGA